AUGGAGAGAAAGCAUGCCCAAGUCAUGCAGGGCGAGGCCGACCGGGAUCAGGCAAUGCGAGAGCUCGAGACGGCUCAAGCUCGGAAUCAGCUCAUCGAGACUCGGAAUGCAACCUUGACAAAGCGUAUCAGUCGGGUCCCGGGACAGGUCGCGCAGGCGAUCGAAACUGGCAUGGCCAAGAAGCUGAAGGAGAGCACCACACUCCUGCUGAAAGAAAAGGGGGUUGUCACCGAAGCCUCGCGCAAUCUCAUUCGGGAACUCACCGACGCAGGAGUUGCCCGCUCGGAGAUCAUCACGACGAUUGCGCGUGUUGCGGCAGCGGCGGGGCUCCGUGUUGAAGGGUCUGUAAGUGAACGGUCAAUCGGACGUAUUGUUGGCGAGGGGCACAUCGCUGCAAAGCUUCAAGUCAUCGAAAACAUUCAGGAAGCGAAUGGAAUUUCGAUCAGUUGCGAUGGGACAACUCAUAAGAACGUCAACUACAAGUCACACCAUCUCUAUACCAACAAAGGUGACACCCAUGUGCGCAACUUUGUUGGUAUCUCAUCGGCGCCCGACCACAGCAGCAAGACGCAGCUAGAGGGCUGGAUCCACGUGUUCGAGGACCUCUGCGAAACGUACAACUCUAGUCCCCUCGGAAAGGAGAACCCGAUAACAGUCUCAGACAUCGCGGCGAAGGUCAAAGGCAUGAACACCGACCAUGCAGCAGAUCAAAAGAAGCUCGCAUCCAUGCUGUGCAAAUGGAAGAUCACCUGCGAUCGCGACGAGCGCGCCGCCCGCGCACUCUCUGACGGCAUAGCAGUCGUCGAGUUCGAGGUGCUCCUUAAGGAGGAGCUUACGCACAUGGUCUCCAACGCCGGUGGUGCUCGCAGCUGGGAGGCGGCUCCCGAGGUCGACCGCAUACGGCUGAGCGAGGACGCGAGGCAACGCGCAACACGUCGCUUCGGCAAUGCACGCUUUGCCGCCCUUUCAGAUGCGGAGAAGCGUCGUAUAGACCUCUUCGUGUGGGGCGGUUGCUGCAUGCAUAAGGAGCUGAACUCCGUGAAGGGCGGGAACACACGGAUGGCCGCAUUCUGGGCGCAAGCGGACCUGACCGCCCCUCUCCUUCUCAUGAACGUUCACAAUGCCGCCGCCGCAUCAUUUGGACCUUCUGCAGCACAAGAUCGCGCCACUACUGUCUCGACCGGCGGAGGUGUGAAGCUUACGAGCCUCGCAGGCUCCCUGUUCAAGAACAAGGACGACAAAAAGGGUCAACAGGACAGUACACGGAUCUUCUUCGAAGCAUCAGAGGUGCUUCUGGCACAUCUCCCACUCUACAUAGAGUUCAUGGAGACGCUGCGGGACAAAAAGGUCGACCGAAAGUUCAACCACCUCGAGGAGAACAUGUACGCUGGGCUGCAUGAUAUUCCGACCCUUACUGAGCUCUGUGUUCUCGCUCUGUAUGGGCAGUCUAUAAGCCACCCCUACAUGCGAGAAGUCCGUGGUCCUGAUCCACUCUCCGCCAAUCAUCUCGACCUUGCACCCUUUCAUGAGCACGUCAAAGCGCACUGCCGUCGAGUCAUCGACAACCCAUCCAUCCUGCUCUCUCCUGCGGCGACACAUGAGACCGUCUCUAUGGACGGAAAGCUCUGGGACCGUCCGGAGGUCAUCUAUGCCAUUCUACGUAUGGCCCCCCUGCUCCCGCAUCUCGAAAAAGCUCUGGUUGCCUUCUUUGAAGGUGCUCUCGAGACAUGGGAGCGCUUUACCACCGAGUUCAGCGCGGAUGGUCAAAUCCAGAGCCUGACUGCGGCGGAGAAGCGUGCGGCAUGGAUGCGGAUAACGAACGAUGACAAUGAGGGGGCGUUAGGACGCCUCCGCCGCGACGCGCGCCAUGCGCCGAAUAUGUCCCUGCAGCAACACAAUUCUCGCGACAUGCACAAAGCGAACCAUACCGCUGCAUACAGCAAGCGGAAACUCGGAAGCGACGGGGAAAUUCAAACGUACCUACGCAAGCGGGCCCGGCAAGAGCAAUCCGGGGGCGUUGAACGGCGGCGACGGUUGGAGUUGGCAGAGGCGGACCAGAAGGUGAUCGAGGAGAAGCACCGGAAAGACAAGGAUAAACAAGACAAGGCAGAUGCGAAGGACGCGAUGCUGGACAAGGUAGACCCUCUGGCAGAUGUCGACGAGAUCCAGAGCCGGCUGGAUCUGCAGCUGGACUGGCACCGUCGGCGGGAGGGAAAGCAGAGCUCGAUUCCGCUGAAGUCUCGGACUACCAAGAAGCAGCAGAAGGUCGAUGCUUUGUGUGCAGCUGUGUUACGGUGGAAGGGGCUACCUGCUGGUGAGCCCGUAGUCGACGAGCUCGCCAAUGCUGGGGCAGCGCUCAUGGCGGAGUGA